AGAUAAUGCAAAUAUGGUGCCAAACGCUUUCAGCAGUCCCCACGUUUCUGGUAACAUGGAACAACUCGGUGAAAAUGAAUUCGUACCGGAUUGUUCCAGUACUUCUUUAGUGACACAAAGUAAUGUGAAUUCGAAAAUUAAACUUGACGGGUUAUUGGCCAAACUGGGAGUACCGUGUCAAGUUGAGGAGAGUGAAUAUGAUUACGGUCAGUGUUUUGGUUAUUAUGAUAAUGGCCGGUAUAAUGUUUGCCAGUUUGUUGAGUUUGGAGAUAUCGAAGAUUUCAUGAAUAACGAAAAACGAAAAGAAAAAUCUCGAAAUGCUGCUAGAUGCCGUAGAUCUAAAGAAACCGAACUGUACCUCGAUCUUGCUAGUUCCCUUCCAUUCACAAGCGAGCAGAUUACCCAAUUGGAUAAGGCUUCAGUUAUGCGACUUGCCAUUUCCUAUCUUAAAAUCAGAAAUAUGAUGACGGCUGUUCCCGACUUUAUAACAUCAAACGAAGCUAAAAGUCAGGAAGACAGCAUGGCGUUUCUGAAGAGUCUAGAUGGAUAUGUGAUGAUUUUAUCUGAGGAUGGAGACUUUGUCUAUUUAUCAGAUAACGUACACGAAUAUCUUGGAAUUAAUCAGAUUGAUUUAAUGGGCCAAAAUAUAUUCGAAUAUAGUCAUCCAUGUGAUCAUGAAGAAAUAAGGGAAAUAUUGUCCGGCAAGACAAGUGAAGACGAAAAUACAAGCAAAUCGAUUUUCAUUAGAAUGAAAUGUACUCUCACUAAUAAAGGAAGAUCUGUAACCUUAAAGUCAGCCGUCUAUAAAGUAAUUCAUUGCACGGGUCACGUAGUCAAAUACAAAAAUCUCGCCAACAAAGACGACGAAGAAUCGACCGAAACGAAGACUUGUUUCAUAGCUGUUAAUCAACCCAUUCCCCACCCGUCAAAUAUAGAGUCUCCUCUUCCUAAGCAAACGUUUUUAACUAAGCACAGCAUGGAUAUGAAAUUCACUCAUGCUGAUGACGAAUUUAUGAAAGAAGUUUUGGGAUACGAUUCUGAAGACCUAUUGGGAAAAUCUGCAUACGAUUUUCAUCACGCCGUGGAUAGUGAUUCAAUAAUAUCAUCCUAUAAGUGUUUAUUUUCCAAGGGUCAGUGUCAAACCGCGCAGUAUCGCUUCCUAGCCAAGUCCGGCGGAUACGUAUGGUUAGUUACUCAAGCUACAUUGAUCCAUGACAAGAACCAGAAACCUCAGAGUGUAGUGUGUGUUAACCACGUGAUUAGUGGACUGGAAUGCGAGGACCAAUUGUACUCCUCCUUACAAUUAUCUACUGUUAAGUCAGAAAUUAAUAAUAAUAAUUGUCAAUUGACAACCAAAUCAGUCGUUCCCGAAAUUGUGAUUACUAACGACGAGGUUAAACCCGACAAUGAAGAUGAAGUGACCAAGAAGGCCGAUGUGAAAGAAAGAAUUUCGAACACGAGAAAGUUGUUUGGUAAUCUUAAGGAAGUCGAGCGACCCCGAAGUGCCACUAGCAAGCUGUUUGGACCUAGGACGAAGGAUAUGAGUAGAGGGUUCUUGACGUUUUCGGAUGAAGAGCCUGGUCUUACAAUGCUGAAAGACGAACCAGAAGACCUAACUCAUUUGGCUCCAGUAGCGGGAGACGUGUGCGUUCCUCUGGAAGAUCACAUAUUUCUUCCAGACAUGCUAGACGAUAUUCUUUUAAAGGAUAAUUUUGGACCUUUGUUAACAGAAGAACCGUCUGAUCCAUUUAUUGCAUAUAGAGACUUCCAAGACACGUCCCCGCAAUUGUUAUCACCGAAUCUAUCGAAACACUCAGACUGCAGUUUACCUUCCCUCAAUAGUCCAUGCGAUUCCCUAAUAGACGAUGAGCACACGUCAUCGUUUAUGAACCUCCACAUGGAUGAGGACAUCGAAUUAUUGAAACCUCCAUACAUCCCCAUGAACAUAACUGACGAUCUGCCGAUGUUGGUAUCGAAUGAUCUAAUGUGGAGCACAAGCGACAAAAAGACGCAGCAUUCCGAAAGUAAUUCGAGUUUAGCUCAAUUAUUAUCAAACUCGUUAAACAAACGCCAAUUAAAACAGAGCGACCACGGGGGAGGAAUAUUGUGUAAACAAGAAGUUGAUGACGUCUAUAAUAUAAAAAAUAUCCGAAAGUCGUGGAACGACCAAAACAAUUUAUCACCAAAAUCGAGUGCCAUCAACAAACUAGAUCGUACCCAAAGUACGAAACGUUCAAAUUGUACCAUAUACGACCAUGUCAGUAAAAAAACCCGCAACGAACCCAAAGAAAAAAUGUCAUCCGAACUCCUACAGCAGUUAAUAUCAAAUAAUCACAAUAGAGGGCGACAGAGGGAUAAAAACAAUUGGUUGCUGAAGAGCGGUUCACAAAAAGCAGCGUGUAUAUCGCAACCGAGCGAUAGCGUUUUAAUGAACCUGCUGGGAACCUCAACAUUGAACAAUUUAAAUACUCAAAGGCUACUAGAUCCUAGAUUGAGUUCUGGUCUAGAAAGCAUGAGUAUGGAACAAAAUCAAGAUCAGGAGCUCUUGAAGAGAUCGCAGUUGGUAAGAAAUUCCCUAAGUCUUUUAGACCCCGAAGGUACAUCGCUGGCGUCACUCAUGGACCUAACCCAACAGGAUUUCGAUGUUAACGCACCCGUAUGUAACAACCUUUUACAAGGAACAGACCUGCUGACGGCUUUAGAUAUCAACUUGGCCACUAUUUAGCCAGCACCACCGCCACGAUAACACCACGAGAGUUUGAUAAUUAAGCAUUAAAGAUAGUAACAAUUUUGGAUGAGGUGUUUUUGGGAUAAAAUGUAAAAGCAAAGAGGAAAAUAAGCCGUAUCUUAUAUUGUUAAAUAUAACUUUUACAUUUAAGACAUUUUUACAUUUUGUAGUUUCGAUUGAAAUUAAACGUAGGUACUAGUUUC